UCAGAGAACUGGCUUUAAAACCAGUUUUAUAGUUAGUGGAGUUUCAUUUGUAUCGACUGUAAUGAUCAUACGACUAACCACUUGUUGUAAUAUUGCGCGCUCAUGCAGUGCACCGUCGCGCGCCUCAGAGACUAUAAAAGCAUCACGGACAGUUCGAUGUGGCUGCAUAACGGAACACUUCAGCUUGUAUGUCAUAUGUCAACGUUUUUUAAAGUAAAAUGCUAGUAAGUUAAUAAAUUAUGCAACUCUGAGGCUUGACUAACUACAGGACAAGGGGGGUUUAUGCAUCCACACCUGCGCACCAACACUGUGGAAGUAAGUGAAAGAGGAGGAUAACACCGCCGCUAAUACAGAGAAGCGGUCUCUUGCGCAGCAGCAUGCAGAGCAACAGCAGCGCCUCCGGACCGCUGGCCGCUCUGUGCGGGGCAGAGGACGAGAGCGAGAUCUCCAAACUUGUGAGCACUUCGGGAGCAGCCUCUAAUCUCGCAGAUUUUAACCUCUCACUGAACUGCUGGCUCCACAUCCUCUCCAAGGAGUCCUCGCUGGACCUGCACGCAGACAGCGCAAACCUGGCAGUACGAGUUGUCAUCGCCUUGGUGUACCUGGUGGUGUGUGUCCUGGGGCUUGUGGGUAACCUCCUGGCUCUGUUCCUGCUCCACUCGCGCCGCUCGGGCCAACACCACUCGUCUAUCGACUGCUUCGUGAUGAGCCUGGCGCUGACAGACCUCCAGUUCAUCCUCACCUUGCCCUUCUGGGCCGUGGACACCUUGCUGGACUUCCGCUGGCCCUUUGGCCGGGUCAUGUGCAAGAUCGUGAGCUCGGUCACCACCAUGAACAUGUACGCCAGCGUCUUCUUCCUCACCACCAUGAGCGUGACCCGCUACCACUCUCUGCUCACCUCGAUGAAGAUGAGGAGCCCCAAGGUCGCUAAUGCUCGUGCCAAGUGGGCCAGUUUAAUUAUUUGGGUGGUGUCACUGGUGGCUACGCUGCCUCAUGCUUUCUACUCCACCACAGUCCAGGUGUCUACAGAUGAAGAGCUGUGCUUAAUGCGCUUCUCUGACUCCGACUCAGGUUACUGGGAUCCUCAAGUCCUGCUUGGACUUUAUCAAACACAAAAGGUUCUCCUUGGAUUUGUAAUUCCCUUGACCGUGAUCUCUGUGUGCUACCUCCUUCUACUGAGGUUCAUCCUGAGCCGACGCAUCGUAGGAAGCAUGGAGAGUGGGACCCUCACAGAGAGGUCAGAGUGUGAGAGAGGACGCCACCGCCGCCACCGCUCCAAAGUCACCCGCUCCGUAACAAUCGUAGUUCUGUCAUUCUUCAGCUGCUGGCUGCCUAACCAGGCUCUCACUCUGUGGGGGGUGCUGAUCAAAUUUGACUUGGUCCCCUUCAGUAAAGCCUUCUACAACGUCCAGGCCUACGCCUUCCCCCUGACUGUGUGUUUAGCUCAUGCAAACAGCUGUCUCAACCCCGUGCUCUACUGCCUGAUCCGAAAAGAGUAUAGAGCAGGACUGAAGGAGCUCCUGCUGAGCGUGUCCCGCUCCGUCCGAAAUGUUCUCAAUAGGACUCUGAGAGGGAGGAGAGUGGAGGAAAUCGUCAUGUGAUUUACUCUACAUGUGGUUAAUACACUUCGCUUGCUUGCUGAGCAUUGAGAAAACUGAUACCAACCUCAUGUUUGUAAGCUUAAUAUGAUGCUACAGCCAGCUCCGGAAACGGAGGGAGAGCUAGCUUCUAAAGGCCCACUAACUAACACAUUUGGUCUCAUUUGGUCACUUUACCCUUGCAAAAACGAAGCGAAAAGAUGACAAUCUCUCCAAUUACUGUUACUGUGUAUUUGUGCCUCUCUCUCUGUGAACUAAUAUAAGGCCACAGCUAAAAUGUAGGUGCAUGAUUUCCAAAAGAAAGCAGCAAGCCAAUUAGUGAAGUGUUCACAUAACUGUGCACAAGCAGAUAUGCAGUGGAAAGGCCGGUUUCCCAGUUUAAAGCUAAACUAAUGAGGUGACCAGUGAGCUUUCAAGGUGCUGGACAGCUGACUUCAUUACUUUUCUACAGAACCAGGCUAGCCAUUACCUCCUUUUUCUAUUCUUUGUUCUUAGAACACUCCAGUGCAAAGGCACAUCUCCCAAGAUGUCAAACUGUUGUGUGCCAAAUUGACUUUGGUGCCAUUUUUUAAUCAUGUUGCCGUGUGACACUAUUGUGUCAUUAUUUUACAUUUGCACAGAAACCUGAACAGCAGGGUUAGGGUUAGAGUUAGGGUUAGUUCAUUAUUUCCGUUUUCCCACUUUGGAACUGAUCUCCUUGAUGACAACUACAAUCUUGGAAACGAUCAAACCCCUGAUUGAGCCCACUCUUAGUGACAAUGGCAGCAAACAAAAUACCAUGUGUUGUUUGAAAAAUGUUAACCUGUAAAGUUAUUUUUUUACUUUGCAUCUCAGACGCCUACAUAUGCCAUCAUUAGGACGGUUUGUUCAUUUUCACUAUUGAUGUGUUUAAUAUUUGUGUAAUUGUUGCUAAGUCAAUAAGGACACUACAGUUAAAGCAUGAACCUGUCGUCUUUCGUGUCUCUCUGCCUUGCCGUGCCACCGUGAGUCGUUUUGUAACUGCCCAGAUGUAAUGUGACAUUAAAUAA